CCGCCAGAGAGCGGCGGGAACCCGGCACGGGCGGUGAAACAGCGCUGUGGCUGCGGGAAGGGGACCGGGCUCGGUGAAAGACACACCGAAGGCGGGAGGCUCGUACCGUGCCCAGGACUGGGCGCUUAUUGUUAGGCAGAACCAUGUGGAUGUGAGAGCUGCCCCAACAUACGAACAACCUGAAUGUUUUGUACGAAACAGGUUUGAGGUCCUCUUCUGUGACCUGAAGAUCAUCUUGUGCCUCGGCUUGAUAUGAACUGCAGACAGCAAAAUGACAGUCAGCCCCCCGGCGCCUCCCUCCGCCGCCCCCGGCUGUAUGGUACACGGAGCCAGGGCCCCUCUCCGCCGCUCCAGCGGGAGGAGCCGCGUCCUCAGCGCCGCCGCUGCCGAGAGGUGAUUCAUGGCAGGGGACGUGGAAGGGUUUAGCUCCUCCAUCCACGACACCAGUGUCUCUGCAGGAUUCAGAGCACUGUAUGAGGAGGGAUUGCUUCUUGAUGUCACACUUGUCAUUGAAGACCACCAAUUUCAGGCCCAUAAAGCACUGCUUGCCACCCAGAGUGAUUACUUCAGGAUUAUGUUCACAGCAGACAUGCGAGAACGAGAUCAGGACAAAAUCCAUUUGAAAGGUCUGACAGCUACAGGCUUCAGUCAUGUCCUCCAAUUCAUGUACUAUGGAACUAUUGAACUGAGUAUGAACACUGUUCAUGAAAUCCUUCAGGCUGCCAUGUAUGUCCAGCUUAUAGAAGUGGUAAAGUUCUGCUGCUCUUUUCUCUUAGCUAAAAUCUGCUUAGAAAACUGUGCAGAAAUUAUGAGACUUCUGGAUGAUUUUGGUGUAAACAUCGAAGGAGUCAGGGAAAAAUUGGAUUCCUUUCUGCUAGAGAAUUUUGUGCCACUCAUGUCCAGACCUGACUUUCUUUCAUAUCUGAGCUUUGAGAAGCUCAUGUCUUACUUGGAUAAUGAUCAUCUGAGCAGGUUUCCAGAGAUAGAGCUGUAUGAAGCUGUUCAGGCCUGGCUACGCCAUGAUAGAAGACGCUGGAGACAUACGGACACCAUCAUUCAGAACAUCAGGUUUUGUUUGAUGACACCAUCCAGUGUUUUUGAGAAGGUAAAAACAUCAGAGUUUUAUCGCUACUCCCGGCAGCUGCGACAUGAGGUUGACCAAGCCAUGAAUUACUUUCAUAGCGUUCACCAACAGCCUUUGAUGGAAAUGAAAUCGAACAAAAUUCGUUCUGCCAAACCCCAGACUGCAGUAUUUAGAGGAAUGAUAGGACACAGUAUGGUAAACAGUAAAAUUCUUCUCUUGCACAAACCGAGGGUCUGGUGGGAACUAGAGGGUCCUCAAGUACCUUUACGACCAGACUGCCUUGCCAUUGUGAAUAACUUCGUGUUCUUAUUAGGUGGGGAAGAACUGGGGCCAGAUGGUGAGUUCCAUGCUUCAUCCAAAGUGUUUAGAUAUGACCCAAGACAGAACACUUGGUUACGAAUGGCAGACAUGUCUGUGCCACGUUCUGAGUUUGCUGUUGGAGUGAUUGGCAGGUAUGUUUAUGCAGUGGCUGGGAGAACCAGGGAUGAAACGUUUUACUCAACGGAACGGUAUGAUAUAACUGAAGAUAAAUGGGAGUUUGUGGAUCCCUAUCCAGUCAACAAGUAUGGGCACGAAGGGACUGUGCUUGGUAACAAGCUGUAUAUCACUGGUGGAAUUACAUCAUCUUCAACAUCUAAGCAAGUGUGUGUGUUUGAUCCCAGUAAAGAAGGGACGCUAGAGCAACGAACACGGAGAACUCAAGUGGUCACUAACUGUUGGGAGAACAAAUGCAAAAUGAAUUAUGCAAGAUGCUUUCACAAAAUGAUUUCUUAUAAUGGUAAGCUUUAUGUCUUUGGUGGUGUCUGUGUGAUCCUGAGAGCCUCCUUUGAAUCUCAAGGGUGUCCAUCGACAGAGGUUUAUGACCCUGAUACUGAUCAAUGGACUAUAUUGGCUUCUAUGCCAAUAGGUAGGAGUGGUCAUGGUGUAGCUGUUCUGGACAAACAGAUAAUGGUUCUUGGAGGCCUUUGUUACAAUGGUCAUUACAGUGAUUCAAUUCUUACUUUUGAUCCAGAGGAAAACAAAUGGAAAGAAGAUGAAUAUCCAAGGAUGCCAUGCAAGCUGGAUGGCUUACAGGUCUGCAGUCUGCACUUUCCUGAGUAUGUUUUGGAGCAUGUUAGAUGUUGCAGCUAAAAAUAAACAACCCAAUCAAAUACAAAAGAGCUAUACUGAAAAAAAUUACAAACCAGUUGAAUUCCUGCAGAGACAUUUCCUUGUGUAUAAGAACAACAGCUAAAUGCUCAAGAGAAAGAGGAUGUACGGGGAGUGUACUUACCAAGUUUAUUAGAAAAGGUGAUAGUUGGUCUGAUCUUGUGAAAGCUUUGUUGUUGUUUUUUUUUUAACAAACUUCAUUGUAAGUAUGAGAAAAAAAUAUAUUUUUGAGUUUGCUUUUUUUUAUAACAGUUUAUGUCCACAAUGUGUUUUUUUUAAUGACCAUGAUAGCACUAUGCUUUUGAGAUAAGUUGAGUUUGAAAAAAUAUUUGUGAAAGGAAGAGAAGAAAGAUGUUAUUUUCAUUUUUUAUUGAACAGCAAAAUAGAGCUUAUCACCUGUACUUGGGUACAAACAGGUAUAAAGUAACAAAACCAAACCAUUUCUGUGUUUUAUGUUGUCUUUUAGAUGCUUUUACCAUUAACUGCAAAGUACUCUCAAACCUACUACUUGUUUUCCCUUAUUUACAUUGGAGCAUAAUUUUAACCCUUUUGCAUGACCCUUUUCCUGGUUUUGUACAGUUGUCCCAGUAAGUCUGCCAAAAUGCAAAUUACACACUUUCUACUAAAUUGAAAACAAAACAUUUUUAUAUUCAAAACACUAUUUCUAUGCUGCCUUCUAUUGUCUGUGUUGUGUUUGUUGGUGGGUAAAAAAAUGUAUACACACUUGUGCAUACACUGUAAAAACUGUAUAUAAAUGCAUCUUUUAUGUGCAGUUACAAUAUUAUAUUUUAACUAGUGCACAGAUUCAGCCAUAUCUGUUGAAUUUAAGGUAUUCUUUCAUGAGCUAAAUAAUUCAAAAUUCUUAAGUGAAACUGGAAGCCUCAUUUGGUAUGAAAGUAUCUUGCCUUUAGUAUAUACUGAUUGAUUCAGUAACCUUAAACUGUUGCUACAAAAUUAACUGUUGGUUAUUUGUUAUUUUAUAAUUUUUUUUUUUAAAGUAAACUCACUUUACCUGAGUUUCUUUUUGUUUCAAUGUGCUGCCCAGUUUUCUUUUUUCAUUAAAAUGGAAAACGUCAAGAAGCAAAUGCUCAGCACUGCUGCAACCCACAGUUAUUUUUGGGACUGGAUACUGGAUAUGCUACAGUUUAUUGUCAAUACUUUGCUUAUACUCACACCUCAAUAUGAGUACUCAUAUUGAAGUGGUAUAAUCUUUUUAUUAACAUUAUUUAAUUAUUAACAAUGUUAAGAACUACUGUGUUUUAAAAAUGUGGAAUUAGAUGACUGGUUUGUUGUAUAAUUUCUGUUUCUUUUAUAAAAACCUACACAACUAUGGCUACUGACCUUGGAGUGCCUGAAUAGAGAUGGCUGGUCCAAGAGGACUUUGACUAUUCCAUUGUGUUAACUUGCAGGUAUAUAUAACAGCUGAUUGGUAAGAAUUAUCUGCCAAGACUCAAAUAAUAACAGUAACUACAUUUUUACUGUCUUUGUGGAUGUAAAUUAGCCACUUCUAGAGCCCAAAGGAGAGAUCUGGGGAAGAUGAAGGCUCAAAUGUAGUUCAGAUGCUGAAACAUGAGCUGCAUAUUUUGUAAAAUCUUAUGCUGCUGCAUUUCAUUUUAAGCAAUAGAGCUUACUUUAUAUGCAGCAAUGCAAAACCACUUUAUUCAGCAUCUUCCAGUCAGAAUUCACUGUAGAAAAGGAAUGUACAGUACUCAGGGAGUUCAAAAGAAUGCACUUACAAAGGGACCAAAAUCACCCUAAAUUUUCCCAUGUUAAAAAUAACACCUACUUGUAUAAAUGAAGUUUGAAAUAAUAGAAGUUAAAACAAUGUGUAAAACUUCUCAUAGUGUGUUCCAGUAUCUUAGUAAAAAUUAUGUUCUGAGUUGAAAUGUAUUUGGAGCUAUAUGGCAAGUCAGCAGAUUGUUAGGGUUUGUUUAUUGUUAUAAAUGAUUUAUUAAUUGAGUAUUUUCAUAUCUUUUAAAAGAAAGAGGGAAUGUUUGCCAUCAUAGCUGUAGUAAGUAAUUUACAACAGAAGAGACUGGACCAAAUAUUGAUAUUCAGCCUUCUGAUGCAGACUAGUUUGCAGCUAAAUUAGUCUUUUAUAUGAAGAAUACAGUUUACUGAACUAGAAAUCUAAUUUACUUUCUUGAUAGCCUAACUUAAAGCAAAUACGGCUUACACUAAAACCUCAGUUUCAUUGUGAGACUUGUUCGUACAUCACCCUACAUGGGGAGAGAUAAACUGACUGGUAGGUGCUGACUGUACAUAGUUUAUGGAAUAUUGGGGCACAAGAGGAAAAAAAAAACAAAGUUGGGGAUGAGGUUUUUUUUGUUUGCUUGUUUUUGUGGUUUUUUGUUCGGGUUUUUUUUGUCACUGGCUCAUUUCUCAAUAAGUUAAUGGGGCAACAAGCUAAUCCUGUGUAUCAAGGUCACAUUACAUAGAGUACUUCACUUUAUGUGGGGAGCAGCCCUGGCUUUGGAUAUCUGGUGUUCAGGAGUCAGAUGUCUUAGAGACAUGGCCAAGACUUUAUUAAAAGUAAUGGUAAGGAUAAGGGUGUCUCAAGUUACAUUUUUGAGUCUGCAUUUAAGCGCCUUCUGAAACUCUGUGCACUCAGCAACUGCCAGUAAAGUCAUUGGUGAGUGCUGACACUUGAAAAAUGAAGAACCAGAUCGGUUUUGGUGCUCUGCUUUUAAACUCAUAUUUAUCUUAAGGUGCACAGUUCUGAAAGAUCUUGUUCAGGAUUGUAGUAGUAAUUGUUCUGUGAAAUUAUAAUUGAACUGUUGGUUUCAGCUUCCCUGAAGCUGUGCCUCCAUUGAGACGCUGACUGUAACCUUUCCAGCAUUAGAGAUGGUUAGAAUUUGCUGAUUAGAAUGGUGGGGAUAUGUGAGAAUGCUUUGUCUAUUUACAUAUCUACCAUGCUUUUAUUGUUUCAGACCUGAAAUAUGAAACUUAGCUUCUGUUCUCUUUUAUACUGCAAUGGAACUUUUGAGACAGUUACUUUGGUUGCUUGGAGGGUUUUUUUAAAUUGAAAUUUUUUUAAUGUUUGCUCUUAGUAUUUAUCUCCAGAUAAUUUAGUACCUUAAUAGGAACAAGCCUCAGAUGGCUAGUGAGAAUUGCCUAUUACUAUUAAAUUUUGAGCAUUAUGGUCAGAUUAAGAUGUUUAAUCUUAAUUUAAAACAUUUUAAUGCCCGUCAUUUGUCAAAAAAAGAUAAAGUUAUGAUCUUUGGUUAUUUGAUUUGGGAAGGUUCUCCUGUUCCCAUCCUGUAAUGGAAUACCAGCAAAUCUAAUGUUACUCACAUAUUUAAAAUUCAACAUAUGACUUGCUUUGAAAAGCAAGUGUACUUGCCUUUUUUUAGAACGGUGGACAUAGUGAGUUACAAUCUAGGGUUUUUUUUUUUCACAUGUAUAGAAAAAAUGUAUCAGCUUCAAUUCUUAAUUUAGCAACCAACUUCAGGAGGAAAUUUUCUUUUCAAAUGAGACAAUGGACAAAAAGCACAGUGUUCCUGUAAAGGGGCCGGAUACUGCCAGUUCCCAUUUCACAUGCUCCUGGGUCUGUUUUAGGGGGCAGAUUGUUUUUUAUAAGUACUGCAUAAGGAAAAAAUAGCUCACUUUGUGCCAAAAGUGUUGGUAGCUUCAUUGCAGGAGGCAUCAGCCGGCAAAAAAAAAAUCUUCAGGAUUUUUUUCCCCUUGAAAUCAGCUGGUAGAAGGCAGAACUUGGUUUUACAGAGGUCCUGCUGUUUCAGAAAGCACUGCUAGCAAGUGGCAGUAUAUGAACUACCUGGCAACCUUCUAUGUUACUUCUUUUGAAAAAUGUGGAUGCCCUACUUCCUGCAGUAUGACAGCAGUCCUGAUGGAACUAGCUCUGAGGGCUUGACUGUAAUAUUUCCCUGAUUGCUGAGAUUUGCAGCUAUGUAUUCUUGAGGCCCUCUUGCCUUAGAAUCCCAAGUGCUGCAUUUCCUCAUGCUGGUAAUAUGGUAACUGCUUCUGUCAGGGAUGAAGCUUCAUUUGACACUCAGGAAAUGAAGAUAACAUUCAGCAGGUGCAAAUUCAAGCUGAUCUAUAAAGCCCCAUUGCUUAACUCAUUAUGUCCAUUCUGUAGCAAGGGGGAUAAGCAGUGUGGGGAGACACUAACAGUUCUUUAAAAUAAACUCCUAGUUUGUGUCAGCCUGCAUAUGUCAGAGUCUUUUUAGAAGUAGUUGCAUUUGUAGAGGUAUUUUGCCUUUUUAAUGUACUUUUUCUUAAAAAAAAAAAAAUAGUAAAUUUGGCCCCAGAUUCUUUUAACAUUUCAGAUGUGGACUUCGUAUGUAAAUAGUCCAGUACAAAGAAACAGAAAACUGUAUGGUACUUAAAGGAAAACUUGUAAGCUGAAGUGUCACUAAGCCUGUGCUUAAGAGUUUAUAGGGCUGGGGCCAUCAGAGAAAACAUCCCUCCUGCUAAUAAAAAUAUAUAUAAGUGGUGAAGUUACUUGAAUAAGCAUCUGUCACAAGUGAAGGGGUUUACUGAAGGAGAGUGGGAAAGAACAUAACUGGAAAACACAUCAUCUAUUUAAGCAGAGCUUGCUGGUGUCCUGUAGCUAACAUUCUUGGAUUUUUAUGUUUGUUAAACAACUUAAAGCUGCUUAAAAUAAAUACUAAUGACUUCUUUUGCAUCUGUAUUCUACUUUUGAAAGGUGGUAACUUGAAAAUUUCCCUUUGUAUGGGUAAACUUCAUAAAACAUAGUUGUAUGUUGCAGGUGGCAGAAAAACUAAUUCAUUUUGAGCACAGCUUUCCUGUGUGUCCCUCUACUAAUUUUUCUUACACUUCUCUAAGUUCAAUUUAUGUAAUCUUUUAAAAAUAGCUUUCAGAAAUCAAUUUUAAAUACGUUUGGAUUAAUAUUAAAUUGGUAGCUAGGGAAAAAUAAUUUCUAUUUGCAGAUAGCUUUUAUUUAUGGCUCUGGUAGAAAAAUCUUACUGUAAAUUUAGGAAAUGAAGUGCUCUGUAGGACUGCAAAGUUAGCUAUAUUUAGGGGGGCUUUUAUUACCUCAGUGGGACCCACCUAACUUUUAUGUCAGUGCUGGAGCACAUGAAGGGAAAAGUGAAUUAUGUGUUUAUUUUAAAUAUUUUCCCUAUAUAUUGUUAUUUUUGUAGAUCUUUUUAAAAUAAAUUAUUAUAUGCUGGAGAUUGCAAUUCCACUAUAAUAUCCCACAAUUCCAGUGUAAAAUAUCAGAUUGUAUUGGAAAGAAUGUAUUUGAUGAGUUAACAGGAAAAGUUAUUUUCAAACUGUACUGUGUGUCUAGCUAUUGGAAAUACUUUUCCUAUAGAAAAUUAAAAUUAUAUGUAUAUGACCUCAUAUAUACAUUUGGAUUAACUGUCUAAUGAUUACCCUAGGGCUGCUAUGAACUUCUCUAAAUAAUUUAUGAAUUGCCUCUUUGUAACUGUUUUAAAGCAUUUUUUCUUGUCCUUUUUUUUUUUCCAGAAAGUAAUUUUCCCUUGCUAUGGAUGCAGUAUGCUCAGACUUGCAUUUGUGCUCUGUUUGGGUUUCAAGCUGAAAAAAUGUAUAAAAUGUGUAUAAAGAAAAGUGUAAAUAAAAUAUUUUUAAUCUUUAAAUACGUA